UCGUUUAUUUUCGGCUGCUAGCAGCAUCAACGGCGGUUUGUUUGACAGACAUGAAGUUAGCGGAAGUAGGGUUUUAAAAUGAAAUAAAUAUGUUUACCAGUGUUUUAAGAAGUUUCGAACACAUGCUAGAAUUUAUAUUUAGAUAGCUAGCGAAAAGAAAUGGCAUCUGUUUUGGAGGACCCGACACUUGCGAGACAUUUUAAAGGCCACAAAGAUGCUGUCACGUGUGCAGAUUUCAGUCCCAGUAACAAGCAGCUGGCCACGGGAUCCAGUGAUAAGACUCUCAUGAUAUGGAACCUCAACCCCAAAUCCAGAGCGUUCAGGUUUGUCGGACAUCAGGACAUCGUAACCGCCGUGCACUUCUCCCCAUCUGGUGAAUUGGUGGCUUCUGGAUCAAGGGACAGGACUGUGAGAUUAUGGACGCCCACUAUUAAAGGAGACUCGACGGUGUUUAAAGCGCACACGGCCACCGUACGCAGCGUGAGCUUCUCCGCCGAUGGUCAGAGAUUAGUCACUGCUUCAGACGACAAGUCUGUGAAAGUGUGGAGCGUGCAUCGGCAAAAAUUCAUCUACUCCCUCAACCAGCACACCAACUGGGUGCGCUGUGCCAGGUUUUCUCCAGAUGGGCGUUUGGUGGCGUCUUGCGGUGACGACAGGACGGUUCGUCUCUGGGACACGUCCACUCGCCUGUGCAUCAACACUUUCACCGAUUACGGAGGGCCAGCAACGUUUGUGGACUUCAACAGCAGCGGGACUUGUAUCGCGUCCUCAGGAGCAGACAACACGCUGAAGAUCUGGGACAUUCGAACAAACAAACUCCUUCAGCAUUACCAAGUCCACAGCGCCGCCAUCAACAGCUUUUCCUUCCACCCGUCGGGGAAUUACCUGAUCAGCGGCUCCAGCGACAGCACUGUGAAGAUCGUGGACCUGCUGGAGGGACGACUCAUCUACACACUCCAUGGACACAAGGGUCCGGUCCUGGCCGUAGCGUUCUCUCGUGAAGGAGACCUCUUUACCUCCGGUGGCUCUGACUGUCAGGUCCUCCUGUGGAAAACCAACUUCGAUGCCCUGAACUACAGGGAGAUGCUGAGCAGGCACAGGAAGCGUGUGACCCCAGACCCUCCUCCUCACCUGACGGACAUCUACCCCCGCUCCCCACACGUCCACCACGCCCACAACGCAUCUGUGGAGAUUAACCCCGUGGUCUCGGACGUCCACUCGGCUCAUCCUGACGUGGUGGAGGUCGGAGAGGAACGGUUCUACACGACGGGUGCAGGUAGGCACGCAAGUGGGAUCUCGGACUCUGGAGAGCGUCCCAGCACCAGAACAGGCUUGGCCUCCACCUUUACUCACACACAACACCAAGAGGAAUCUGAAGAAGAGGAAACUCUGGAGCCAGGCAUCACAGACUUGCAGAGGGAGCGCUCUGGAUCUUCACCAGCAUUGAGAAGCACACUGGAGCACAUCGUUCAGCAACUGGACAUUCUAACUCAGACCGUGUCUGUACUGGAGGAGCGUCUCACGCUGACAGAGGACAAGCUGAGAGAGUGUCUAGACAACCAGGCUGUUAUUCUGGAGCAGAUGCAGCAGCAGGACGAGUCACACAAAGAGACGACAGGCGCUGUGGGUCCAGCAGUUUGACACGCGUCCCAUCGCCAGCUUUCAGGGGUCAGUGACGACGUUCUGGGGUAGAAGAGACUCUCUCCUCUCUCUAAACCCUGAGGAAACUUUCUUCAGCUUCAAAACUCAAGGAAAACAGAAAGGAAGAAAUGGAAGGAAGAGCAGGAUGGAGGUCGGAGGGCAGUGAGGGGUUAGACCGAGGGGUGAGGGGUGUUUUUAAAAGGAUCGUGGAGCAGUCUCUCCCAGAAAUUCAUUAAGUCCCUGCGGAUGAGACAGCUGCAGCUAGGAAAACAUCCCGGCCUUGUUUUGACAGCAGUGAGAGGCGGCAUUCUUCACGACAGCCGCUCAGACGACACGUCAGGAGAGAGACAGACAGCUCUGUAUCUCUCUCUCUCUCUCUGUGUCUUUCUCUUUCUUUCUUUCACUUUGUCCUUGUUUGUCCUCGUGUCUGUAUUUUCAGUGUACAUUUGUAUUUUAUAGAAAUAAACGAGUGUCGUGAAUGAAAGCAGUGUGUUUGCUGUGAAAGACUGUACUUGUUGUGUGUAUGUGUGUAUUGUGAAGCCAAGAUUCCUCACAAACACCCAAAACUCUUAUAUUCUUAAUUCUUACCAUUUUUAUAAAAUAGACCCCAUAUCUAUGCAAAGCAUCGAACAAACUUAUUAGGACUAAGUUUCCGUUUAAACGGAGUUUAGAGUUACAUUUUAAUGUUGCGCAACAUCCGCAGAACCACUUAGUUCCUGUUCUCACGUUUAUGUCCUGUUACACCAGCUAUAUAAGUCGGAAAUUUGUAAGAAAACACUGAUAUUCUCUGAGAUUAUGAAGUCACACAUUUGCGAGGAAAAAAAAUCCCUCAAAUUCCAAGAUUAAAACGGAACUUUUUUGUUUUUGUUAAGGAACCAGAUUUCUUCACUUCUUUGCAAGGUCGGUUUAACGUCAUUGCGCUACAGACGCCAUGGCUGAGCUGAGAGAUAUAGAUAAUGCAGUCUUUCCUCCUCAAACACACGAUAUAAAAGAUUCUACUGUACAUCUAGGAGACUUUUUCCAUGGAAUAAAAAUGUGUUCCAUUCCCUUCUACUUUGUCUUUAUGACAACUUUGUAAAAAAAAAAACAUGCUAGUCAUAUUAAAAUAUUUACAAUUAAACAUUGAAAACGUAACCUGUUAAAAAAGCUGGACUCAAAACGUUCAGUAUUAACA